AUGCCAUCACCUCCACCAUCUCCAUCAUCUCCAUCAUCCCCAUCACCCCCGUCAUCCCCAUCAUCCCCAUCAUCUCCAUCAUCUCCAUCAUCCAUAUCACCCCCAUCAUCCCCAUCACCCCAUCAUCUCCAUCAUCUCCAUCAUCCCCAUCACACCCAUCAUCCUCAUCACACACACAUUCCCCUUUUUUUUCCCCAUCAUCAUCAACCCCUCAUCCCCAUCACCCCAAUCAGCCACAUCUCCUCCAUCAUCCCCAUCAUCCACAUCACCCCCAUCUUCCCUACAACCCCAUCAUCCCAAUCAUCUCCAUCAUCUCCAUCAUCCCCAUCAUCUCCAUAA